CGGAGAGACGAGCUGCGAUCGCGACGGCCAUCGCCUCGGCGCAAGAGAAGGAAGGGGGCAGUCCCAUCCGGGGGGUGAGUUUCAACGUUGACGAGAUAUUGGGCAAGGAGGGUGAACUCCCUCCGAGAUUUCCAUCGGCUGUCGAGGCAAAACGGAUGGCUGCAGAUGUCUCGGAGGUUAAAGAGGCCAUGGGCCCACAUGCGUCUUCGCCGUUGGAGAGAAGGAUGUCUGGAGGGCUCUCCAGUCGGUUCUUGUCACCAACGUCACCGACUGCACAGAGUCAGCAGGGAUCGGCACCGAGCGCGCCGUCGGAACCUCGCGGCUCGUCAGUCGGCGGCGGCGAACCCGUCGCAGUCGCAGCCGAUGACGCGGACGUUUCUUCAUCUCCUGGGGCUUCGGCGAGGGUCGACCAAGUGAGCGUCGAUCUCGAACCCUCGGCGGGAGAGUGGUCAGCUGCGGGUGCCCUUCCCGAUCUGCCAGAGACGCCUCGGUCCUCGUCGCGGAUCUCCGUUGACUCCGUCGGGUCUCGCCCGAGCUCAUCACGGAAGAGCACGGGUGCCCCGAGGGAUGAGAUGAUCUCGCUGGCGUUGGAGCGUUCGGCCAUGGCGGAGGCGGCCGUGGUCGCGCUCUGGGCCCAGCGCGCCAGGACCGUGGCGCGGCGCGUGUUCACCGCGUGGCUCGCCGCCGCCGUCCGAAGCCGGGCGGACAAGGCCGAGGAGGAGAUCAAGAGGCUCAAGUUCCAGAUGGCCGAGGCGGAGGCGGCGGCUGAGGUGGCCGCGGAAGCUGCCGCCGCUGCGGCUGCUGCGAAAAAGUCAAAGGGAGGCUUUCUGACCAGGCUGACGUCGACCAAGUCAGUCAAGAAGGCACCCUCGGACGGUUCCGGACUCGCUCUCGGGAACCCGUUCGAGGAGUCUCAAGAAGAGCCCUCGUCUCCUCGGUUGCCGGAGUCUCCUUCUUCAAAGGCGUCGAUGGACGAUAACCCCUUCCGCCGGUCUCCGUCUGUGUCGAUUGAAGAUAAUCCCUUCAAGGCGGCGGCGACUGCAGAUUCCGCAUCAUCUGCUGAUCGCGAUUUGACCGCACCGGCUGCGAGGCGACCCGACCCGGCGCCUUCCAAGCCUUUGGCUGAGCCCAAGUCGGCUCCAAAGUGCUGCGUCAUUAUGUGAGGGAUGUGGGAAGUAGGCAUUGCUUUCAGCGAGCGAGCAUUGGAACGACUUUACAUGCCCG